UGAGCCUUCAGGGCGCCAAAAUUUUGUGCUUUUCGCGGAAAGAAAGAUGGCGACGAGGAAUCGUGGCCAAAUUUGCUCCUGGACUAACGACGCCACAGAGAUAGUAAUCGACCCCUGGUCAGAGGCAUGUAUCCAGUUCGCUUUAGAAAACAGCAAAACUUCAAAGGAAACGAGAGAAGUUUACAGCACGCUACAGGUACAGCUUCAAUCCAAGGGUCCUGUCAAAGAAGUCAUAAACAAAAUGAAAAAAUUGAGACAAAAGUACAAAUUGGAAAAAGACAAAAGUAGAAAACUGAAGUGGAAAUGGCACAGCAAACAAACAGUGGCCAUACAAUUGCUUUUACUCGAGAAUCUGCCAUUUUCUUUUUGAACAGCCCGCAAAGGCGCGCGUGAAAUAUGUGAACCGCUGUCAUAUAAGCGCAGGGACUCACAAAUUUAAAGAGUGCCGUUUCAGAAAUCAACA